AUGUCGCUUUUAUUCAAAUAUCUUCUAGACAAAAUCAGGCUUCCGGCAGUGGAAGGACAUCUAGAGCAGUCGCAGUGGGUUAAUGAAGAUCUACUGCCUACACCACCAGAAAAACAGACCUGGCGUUGGUGGAAUUAUGUCACCCUCUCUUGGUCCAUCAAUUUCACCAACUGGACCCUGGGAUCCUCAAUGAUCGGAAUAGGACUAAGUUGGUGGCAGUCUAUUGUCGUCAUAUUCGUCUCGCAACUCAUUUGCUCCAUCGCUAUGGCCUUCAACUCGCGUGCGGCAAGUGUAUACCACAUUGGUUAUCCUUGCGUCGCACGCAGCGUCUUUGGUAUGUGGGGGAGCUAUUACUUUGUCGGGGUCAGAGCUGUGAUGGCUGUUAUUUGGUAUGGAGUGCAAGUGUAUUACGGUGCGGAGUAUAUGUACAACAUCUUGCGCGCCAUCUUCGGGCAUCAUUUUACAGAUAUUCCAAAUCGCCUUCCCGUGAGCGCCGGCAUCACCUCCUCACUCAUGCUGGCCUUCUUCCUUUGUUGGCUAAUUCAGCUUCCAUUUUGUCACUUCCGGCCGUAUCAGCUUCGCAAAUUCUUCUGGUUCAAAAGCAUCGUCUCGCUUCCAUCUAUGUUUGGCUUGUUCAUAUGGGCCAUGGUUGAUACAAAAGGCAGAAUAGGGAGCCUUUCUACGUCUACCUCACGAUCAUCUAGCGCAACAGCGUGGUUGAUUCUAGCUGGCAUCAAUAGUGGAAUCGGCAACUUGGCAAACUUAAUCACCAAUCAACCGGACUAUAGUCGCUGGUCUAACACUCCCAAUGCGUCUGUUUGGACCCAGCUGGUCGUUACUCCUAUAUCGGUAGCAUUGUCCGCCAGCUUCGGAAUUAUCGCGACCACUGCUGUUAACUCAAAAUAUGGCACCAACAUAUGGAACCAAUGGGACUUGAUGAACCUAAUCUUAGACCAUUAUUGGUCUUCUGGAGCCCGAUUUGCAGUGUUCCUUUGUGCUUUUGCGUGGUUAGUACAAAUUGUGGGCACCAAUAUCGCCGCCAAUAUGAUAUCUUUUGGCGCAGAUUCGUCUAUGCUCCUGCCUGCAUACAUUGAUAUGCGUCGGGGUCAGUAUAUUGUCGAGUUUCUUGCUUGGGCGGUUUGUCCAUGGAAGAUCCUCGCAUCGGCUACCAAAUUCCAGGAUUUUCUUAGUGGAUACGCUCUGUUCAUGUCCAGUGUUGUUGCUAUCAUGUUAUGCGAUUACUUCUUGUUGACAAAAGGUACUGUGGUGAUUCCUUCCUUGUAUAAUCCCACAAACACCAAUGAGAACUACUACUACCACGGUGGAUGGAAUUUACAAGCCCUCGCAGCCUAUAUCGUUGGCAUUGCACUCCCUUUCCCAGGGUUUUGCGGUGUCCUAGGUGCUAGCGUCUCCACAGCAGCCUCGCAUAUUAUGGAUAUCGCCUGGGUUACCUCAUUUGUGACAUCGUUUAUCGUUUACUUCGCAAUCUGUUGGAUCUGGCCAACUCAGAAUAUGAAAUUCGUAAGAGAGAGAGGGUAUACCUUUGAGCAGAUUGCCCCGACCAGUGGUUACUGUGAUUCUGGGCCUUCAAAGGACGAGGAGACUAUCCCCGAUAAUGCCAUUAGCAGCAAGGGCCUCAAAGCAAAGGUUGAAAUUUGA